AUUAGCUUUGAUCACGCUUCUUCGUUGAAAUUGAAAGAAGUUCUAUUCAUCGGAUUCGAUAACCAUGUCGUUAAAAACUUAGUAUCAUCAUUAAAAUACGUAUACCUUUGUUAGAAAUUAAAUCCAGUAUCAUCUCUAAUGUAUACCUUUCCCGCGCAGUGCUAUUUUGAAAAUAGCUGUUUAUUAAAUGAUAAUUAAGUGAUUCCGUCGUUAAACAAUAACCGAUUGGAAUUCAAACAUUUAUCAUUUCUGUGUAGAUUUACUAUCUGCUUUAUUAAUAGACAAAUAUUUUUGGAAUUACGUUAAAUGCUGCAUUUUAUCACAAUCAUUAUGACUAUUCGUUUCGCUGAUAUCCUGCAAAUUGCAAUAUUAAUAUGUUCAUUGCGAUCCAAAUUUGACUGAAUAUGCAUUUAUAAAUUAGAAAAAUUGAUAGACUUAGCUUGGUAUAUAGGAUUAGCUUAAAUCUGUUGUGACGUUACGGAAGAACAUUUACAAAAUUUGUACGUAUUAUUUUUCGUCUUAUCAGUUAAUCAUGUACAGGUUAUUCCUGAGAUAUAAUGUUAUAUACUAUGUACUAUGUUUUGUACAUGUAUUGGAUUUAUUUAAUUAAUCUUAAGUGUUUGUUUUCAAUGGGUUAUUGUCAAUUCAUUAUUUGAUGUCUUGAUGGAUUCUUUAGUGGAUACAAUGUCGAAGCGUAAUAAGUCACCUGACAGUAAACAAUGCUGUUUCUGUGGACUAUCAGAGGAUAAUGAACUAGAAUUUGGAAAGAUCUACAAACAUGGUGAUAUUGUCACCCAUUAUUAUUGCUUGCUUUUAUCAUCAAACAUGGAACAAAAAGGAACUGAUAGUGAGGGCAUUUUGGGCUUUUUAGCAUUUGAUAUACAAAAAGAAUUACGUAGAGGAAAAAGAUUGGUAUGCACGUAUUGUAAGAGAAAUGGUGCCACUUUGGGGUGUUGUAAUACUAAAUGUAAACGAAUAUUUCAUUAUCCUUGUGGAUUAAGGGCUGGGACCUUAAACCAGUUUUUUGGUGAAUUUAGGUCAUUUUGUAAAUAUCAUAGACCAAAACAGAAAAUAGAUCCUCAAGUAACAAACGAAUUAGCAAAAACCAAUGAAGUGAAUUGUUAUAUCUGUUAUGACAGUGUGAAUUCUAGCGAUAUAAUUAAUACAAUAUGGGCUCCGUGUUGUAAAAAAAAUGCCUGGUUUCAUAGAAAAUGUGUUCAACAACUUGCUGUAAGUGCUGGUUAUUUUUUUAAAUGCCCUUUAUGCAAUGAUAAGAAAACAUUUCAAGAAGCAAUGUUAGAGUUUGGUAUUUUUAUUCCUAGUCAAGAUGCUUCUUGGGAACUUGAGCCAAAUGCAUUUCACGAACUUUUACAUAGACAUGAUCAAUGUGAUGCUCCUAUAUGUCUUUGUCCUAAAGGUAGAAAAUAUACAAGUUUUAAUGCGAAAUGGGAACUGGCACUUUGUCGAACCUGUGGUUCUCAAGGAAUUCACAUGGCUUGUGGACAACUUAAAUGGGCUAAUCCUGUUUGGGACUGUUCAGAAUGUAUCUCUAUACUAAGUAAAUCUACAGAAACUACAAAUUCAAACACAACUAGAAGUAUGUUACAACAGAUUAACACUGACUCAGAAGAUAGCGACAGUGACAUUUCUGUUGGAAAAGAAUCACCUCCGCCAUUUAUAUCAAAUAUGUCAAUUUCUACUUCUACAAUACAUACAUCUACUGUUAAACAACGUCCUGGUCCACGGACAUUUAAAAUAAAACAACAACUUAAAGCAGCUAGAGAAAUGCAAAUAAUGCAAUUAAGCAAUAGUUGUAAGGAAGGAACUAGUAUAGGAAUCUUGGACUCGACACAUGUAGAGGAAUCAACUAGUACUAACGAAAAUGCUAAGAUGAAAUUUGAUGUGUUAUUAGAAGAGGAAAUAACGGAAGCAUUAUCAGCUCCAUCGAGUGAUAAUGUAAUUAUGCUUGAUAGCGAUGACGACGUUGUAGAGGUCAUUGAUAAUAGUUCAUUAAAAAAUACACCAGUUACCCUUAAUGUUAACGAAACUGAAACAAAAAAUUUAUCUCAAUCCAGAAAUGAAAUUCCAGAAAUGAAUACGAUACGUAAUUAUAAUCUACAAACAAUAGGGAAAUUAAUACACAUAAAUGAUACGAGACAGAGUUUUAAUAAUAAUUUUUUAAGAAGUAACUCAAAUGUUACUAGAUCUGUUCUUUCAAACGAAAACAGUUUACAAAAUGAGGUUAUAUCUGAUAGCUUAAAAGAGACGAUACAUCCGAACAAAGAAAGUGAAUACAAAUGUGUUGACAUCUUUCCUGACAUAAAAAUUACAAAUGUAAUUUCUUUGACACCUGAAGAAUUUGAAAAGGUGCCAUGUACAGUUGAAGAACAGAAAGAAAACAAUGUUGAGUGCUUAAAAUCACACUAUAGUAAUGAAUUAUUAAGUAGUACACCAGUAUUUCAGUCUUUGCUUUCUCCAAGUAGUUGUUCAAUGUCAAAUUUAAAAAGAAAAUUUGACGAUACUUUCAAUUCAACAACUACACUUGAAGAUAAAUCUAAAAGAACAAGAAACCUCAAUACACACGAACUAGAGCAACAAUCAGAUUCAUUUAGAAGUCUCGAAACUGCCAAUAGAUCUAUUACACCUGUAAAUAAUGUUUCAACUUCGACAUUUGCUAAAAAUUGUGUCCAAAUUAAUAAUAAUAUGUAUGAUACUUCUGCAAAUAUACCUAAUAUUAAAAGCAUAGAUCAAUUGCACAUUCAAGUCAAACACACUUGUGUUACAAACAAUCAUGCAUUAAAUAAACAGACAUCUAAUGCAGAAUGUUCUGUUGUGGACAAGUGCAUAUUAUAUGAUGUAAGUGAUGCAUCAAAAUAUAAGGAAGAAGAAAAAAACGUCGCAAAUGAAGGAUACACAACAAAUUGUGACGGGGAUGCAGGCACCAGACCUGCUGCUAAAUCAAGAUAUCAGAAGUACGCAAAUGCUACAAGGAUUGAUCCUACAGAAGAAUUUAUCAAAUUGGAUCGCAUCCUCUCACCAUCAGACAAGUCAGGUGACUCAGAUAAAUGGAAAUCACAAAACGAUACUGAGAUGGCAACCAUUUCAAUGCAUAGGACACCAAAUGCCAUGUCCAGCAAUCUUUCCCACGAAAAAAGAAAUGGAAAAACCGAAUGUAAUAACAAUCGAUUGAUACCAGAAUACAUACGUUUACGUGACCUUAAGUUUCGUGUAUAUAAUCCGAAUAAUUUACAGAUGACCUUAUACGAUAAAUUUUCUGUAAAUAUUAAUAUGGAAAGUGCAACUAACACGAAAAAAAACAUGAAACUUGACGCAUCUUCACGGAAGGCUGUCCAGCAGAAAGUUCUUAAAAUGCAAAGUGAAACAUCUUCAAAUUUCAGAUCUGGAAAUGUUUUCCACAGUAUUUCAUCUACUUAUAACAAAGAUAAGACUAAGUAUAAUGUGUUUAUUAACGAUCAAUCUGAAAGUUUUCGCGACGAUGCAAAGGAGAACCUGGAUCCAAUAAUAACGAUACCUUGUAAAAGUAUAACAGAUAAUUCAGUUACGAGUACAACUGCAGUUGCUAAUAAUUUAACUGUUUCUACGAAUAGUAAUAAUCACAGUGAAGAUGAAAAUUCGACGCAUUUUGUACACAACACGUCCAAAAUAAUCGAGGAAGAUAACUGGCGCAACCGAGAAAAUUUAGUUAAUAACAUUAAUAUAGUUAACAAUGCAGAGAAUACGUUUGAUGUAGAAGAACGUAUUAAUGCAACACCAUAUGCGACUGUACAUUCUAAUGAGAAACAUUUUAGAAAUAUUAGUGAUAUGCAAAAUAUUCAAAGUUUAAACUCUGAUCACGUAACAAGUAGUAUAGGCGAGAAGCGUAACGUCAAAAUAGGUAUAAGAAAUGAUUCUUUUGAGUCGACAAAAUUAGUCCAUCGGGCAUUAUAUUUCGAGGAUCGUGUAAAUUCGAAGACGGAGAAUAAGACGAAAAGUAUGAUUGAAACAUGUUUCAAAAUAAGUAUCGAUUUAAAAAAGAUAGAAAACUUUAUCGAUAAUAACCCAGAUUUGUUCUUUAUAUACAAAAAGAAGGAUGACGAACGAUGUUUCGAAAAAUUAGACUUUUUAAAGGAACGGACUGAUACAACAGAAACAAUUAAUAUAUCAACCAAACAUAUAACCUUACCUAAAAAUAAAGUAGCAGAAUUGAAAAAUCAAAUAAAUGAAGAUAAUAAAAAAACUGAAGACGUAAUAGGUACAGAAAAUUUAGCGCAAGAACCAAGAUAUAUUAAAAAUUCUCUACGUAAUAAUCAAAAACGUGAUUUGCAGCGUACUAAUAAUCAUUUUGAAAAACAAUGUAUUUUCAAUAGAUAACGUAACGUAAAUAUAUAUAUAUUAUAUAUAUAGAAUAAAUAUAUUUUAAAACUUCUGAAAGUAUUAGUUUAAACGAGUUAUUAAACAGAUUCGUUCACAAUGUUGGUACAGAUAUCAUUUUUGUACUUACUAUUACUGGUACUUACUUUACUUAUUAUAAAAAUUGUAAUAUUAUAACCUUUUAUCGAUCUUGUAAAAUUGUAUAACACAGUAAAUUGAUAUUGCCAUUUUAGAAAGUGCUAUAAUUAUUUAUCGUGCUUUUUAACAGUAUAUAAAAGAGACUGUACAUGUAUAUUCAUUAAAUAAAUAUUUAAUUUAAACUUUCAAAACAUUCGCUGCUAAGGCAAACAGGACAGCAUUUGUUGUCAUAUACAUAAUGUACCUAAUCUUUUUGAGAACUUGAUUCUUGCCUAAAUCUAACACUUACCAUUUCAAUACGGUUUAGACUUAUCACUGCAAGGGCCAUAAACCACAUCAGUAUUUUCACACGUUAUGUGGUAUCUUACUUGCUUCAUAUGAAAGAACUAAAUGUUAAAAAG